AUUGACAAAAUUGAUUGCUUUCUUUAGCUUUAUCUGCCGACACAAAGCAAGGCCAUAAAAAGGCACAUAUAUAAAUAAAUGUGUUUAUAUACAAAUAUAUAAUAUGAAACCAACAACUCCAAAACCCCAACAUUGAAAUUUAUUUUCAUUUAUUUUCUAUACACAAAAUUUUCAAUUUCUUCUUCUUUAGAGGCUUUUCUUUCACUCCAUGGAUAUAUGUCAGAAUGAAGAACAACACAAUAAUAAUCUCAGCCUCUACAGCUCUUCCUCUUCUAGCCUUGACCAACUUUUCUCUUCUCAAAACAUGGAAGAGGAUUUAAGCUUAGAAUGGUUAUCUGUGUUUGUUGAAGAUUGUUUAACUAGCUCAGGUAAUUGUCUCCCACCACAACCAACAACAACAACAAAAACAAUUACUAAUAGUACUAUAAAUGUACUUGAAACCUCAAAAUCUUCAAAACCACUUGAUUUUCACAAGGCCCAAAAGAAACCCAAUUCACUACUAGAGACCCUUUUUUCAAUUCCAAGCAAAGCUAGGAGCAAGAGAAAGAGAGUUGUUUUGACCAAAAGAAGAGACCCUUUGACUAUUUGGUCAACUCUAAAAAUGCCCAAAAACACUACUACUAAUUUUGAGUACCCUCCUCUACUCAAACAAACAUAUUGGUUAUGUGAUAGUGAGUUAAUUGUGCCCAAAAAAGAUGUGGAUAAGAAUGAGGAGGAGAGGGAGAAAGAGAAUGGAGAUUUGGUCAAGGAGAUAGAUGAGGAUGGGGAACAAUUGGGCUUUAUGGCCCAUGGGCUUGUGGCAAGGAGAUGUACCCAUUGCUUAUCUCAAAAGACACCACAAUGGAGAGCUGGCCCAUUGGGCCCAAAGACAUUGUGUAAUGCUUGUGGAGUGAGGUACAAAUCAGGUAGAUUGUUGCCUGAGUAUAGGCCUGCUAAAAGCCCAACUUUUGUGAGCUAUUUGCAUUCUAAUUCACACAAGAAAGUUAUGGAGAUGAGAAAUGGGUCUUAGAUGAUUGAUGGUAGUACUAAUAGCUAGUAGUUAAAAUUAUGUUACAUAUAGUAUUAAAUAUAUAUAUGUAGAAUUAUUAGUGGUAAUAUUGUAUGGAGUAUAGUAGUGAUAGUAGAUUACUAACCCUUCAUUUGUUGUAAUUGCUUUAGUCUUAUAAUUUUUCAGUUUAGUUAUGUAUAGUGUUUAAUGGAUUGAUAUAGUUUUUAUAAGUUUUUUUUUU